UUUGCUUGGGCGAAUCGCAAGGCGAUUACGCCGUGGACGAGACGAGUGAGAGGAGGAGAGCGGCCAUGGCGGGGCGGAGUGGCGGCGGCGGCGGCGGGAGCUCCGGGAAGAGCGGGACGGGGAGGAUGGUGUCGCUGCAGGAGUUCGUCUCGUCCAUGGCGCCUCUCAUAGACCUGGAGAAGGCGGCGGAGAUAUCGGCGGAGUCGGCGACGAGCUCGAAGACCCUCGAGAGGAGGGGUUGCGUCAUGGCCAACCUCAAGUGCACCGACGCCCAGACGGGGCUGAUGGGGAAGACGCUCCUGGAGUUCCAACCCAACAAGGGCGACGUGCUUCCACCUCACAAGUUUGGAACACACGAUGUGGUUGCUCUGAAGCCAAAUAAGGCAGAUGCUGGAUCUGCUGCUCUUGGGCAAGGUGUAGUUUAUCGCUUGAAGGAUUCUUCCAUUACUGUUGCCUUUGAUGACAUUCCUGAAGAUGGAUUAAAUAGCCCUCUCCGCCUUGAAAAGCUUGCAAAUGAGGUGACAUACCGCAGGAUGAAGGAUGCACUAGUUCAACUUAGUAAGGGCAUUCAAACAGGCCCUUCAGCAAACCUUAUUCCUGUUUUGUUUGGAGAAAACCCACCUAUGAGUUCCAAGGAUGUUGCGAAGUUCAGUCCAUUUAACAAGAAUUUGGAUGAGUCACAGAAAGAUGCUAUCUCGAAGGCCCUCAGGUCAAGGGAUGUUUUCUUGCUUCAUGGACCUCCUGGCACUGGGAAGACAACAACUAUCAUUGAGAUAAUAUUGCAGGAGGUGAAACGUGGAUCAAAGAUUCUUGCUUGUGCUGCUUCUAACAUCGCCGUGGAUAACAUUGUUGAGCGACUCUCCCGAUAUAGAACCAAAUUGGUGAGGUUAGGCCAUCCUGCUCGAUUACUACCCCAAGUGUUGGACAGUGCUCUUGACGCACAGGUAUUGCGAGCAGAUAACAGCAGCUUAGCAGGAGAUAUUCGCAAAGAAAUGAAGGUGCUUAAUAGCAAAUUGCUGAAAGCUAAGGAUAAGAAUACAAAAAGGGACAUCAGGAAAGAGCUCAGAACCCUUGCCAAAGAAGAGAGAAAACGACAACAGCUUGCUGUUGCUGAUGUGAUAAAAAAUGCAGAUGUUGUACUGUCGACUUUGACUGGUGCAUCUUCCAAAAAGCUAGAUGGUAUUACAUUUGAUUUGGUCAUUAUUGAUGAAGCUGCUCAGGCACUUGAGAUGGCAUGUUGGAUAGCCUUAUUGAAGGGUCCAAGAUGUGUGCUUGCUGGAGACCAUCUUCAACUUCCUCCGACUAUCCAAAGUGCUGAGGCUGAGAAGAAGGGGAUGGGAAAGACACUCUUUGAACGCCUUACUGAAGCUUAUGGAGAUCAAAUUACAUCCAUGCUCACUAUCCAGUACAGAAUGCAUGAGCUCAUAAUGAAUUGGUCAUCUAAAGAACUUUAUAAUAACAAGAUCAAAGCUCAUUCUAGUGUUGCUGAUCAUAUGCUCUAUGACAUUGAAGAAGUGAAAAGAUCUUCUUCCACAGAGCCGACUAUCAUACUAAUUGACACUACUGGGUGUGACAUGGAAGAAGUAAAAGAUGAGGAGGAGAGCACUAUGAAUGAGGGUGAGGCUGCAGUAUCCAUUGCUCAUGCCAAGCUGCUUGUUGAGAGUGGUGUCCGUGCAUCUGAUAUUGGAAUAAUUACACCUUAUGCUGCACAGGUAACCUGUCUGAAGAUGAUGAGAAACAAAGAUACUAAACUGAAGGACUUGGAGAUAUCGACAGUUGAUGGGUUCCAGGGUAGGGAGAAAGAAGCCAUCAUCAUUUCAAUGGUCAGAUCCAACUCAAAGAAAGAGGUCGGAUUCUUAAGUGAUCAUAGACGAAUGAAUGUUGCUGUAACACGAGCCAGAAGGCAGUGCUGCCUAGUGUGCGAUGUAGAGACCGUAAGCAACGACAAAUUCUUGAAACGCUUGGUUGAGUACUUUGAGGAGAACGGGGAGUACUUGAGUGCAUCAGAAUACCAGAGCUGAUGACUUGGGGUGUUAACCCUUAACCGUGAUAGCCCGUGCUUAUCGCAAAGAUAGUGAAGAGAUAUAUCCAAACGAUGCUUGUGAUAGGAACAUCGUGCACUUCAAACUGGUGCAAUAUGGCCAAUGGAGAUACUGUCAUUCGACUUUUAUAGAUUGGAAACAGAUCGCUGUGAGACUGAACAGAUAAUUAGCUCAGGAGUGGAUCAAUUUCGUCUUGACUGGCCCUGUUCUGGUCUCUUCUUCUGUGGCUUAUGGAAAUGAAACCUCAGUUAUGUGUUUUUAUAUGUCCGUUCUUUCAGCUGAUGUACAAUGAUAGAAGACUAAUUUUAUUCAUCCAUGUGCAAAUCUACCA